AGAGCGUCUGUUUCAAUUCAUGCUUGUCGCUGUUGAGAAUCAAGAGAAAGCGAUGACUUCGCCGGAUUCCGGCAUCGAAGACGUUUCUGAGAUGACAAGGACGAUGCAGGUUCAACGGAAAAGCUUAGAAGGUCGACAGGUGAAAUCGUUCUGCGAUAACAAGGACGACGGAGAAUGUGUGAAGACUAGGAAGAGGAAGCAUUUGAGGAAGAAAUUGUCACCGGCGGUGUCUUCUAGAUCGUUGGAACUGAAAAAAGAAGGAAGUUCCGAAAAUUUAGGUUCUGAUGAAUCAUUAUCGCCGCAAUCGUUGUCGUCGUCAUCAUCGUCACUUUCAGAUCAGUCAUCGGAGAACGAAGGUGUAGCGGUGGGGAUACUGGAGGCGAGCAGCGAAGUAUUCGGACGUGAAGAGGUGAUACGGAGCUUUCCGUGCCUAUCGCAUGGUUUCGCUUCUGUGUGUGGCCGGAGAAGAGAGAUGGAAGAUGCUGUUACGGUGGUCCCGGGGCUUUUAACCGGAAAAUCGGUAUGGUACGAUUUCUUUGGGGUCUACGACGGGCAUGGUGGUUCAUUGGUAGCGAAUGCGUGUCGGGAUAGGUUACAUAGAGUGCUAGUGAAGGAGAUUGAAGGCCGUGAGGCGUUGGAUGGAACGGCUUGGAAGGAAGGAGAUGAUGAGUUUGAUUGGAAGGAAGUGAUGGGACGUUGUUUUGCUAAGAUGGAUGAGGAAUUCAAAGGAAGUGGAGUGGAUGAGGAGGAUGAUUCGGCAUUGGAGAGAACCAUCGGAUCGACGGCUGUGGUGGCGGUUGUUGGAACUGAGGAGCUUGUUGUCGCUAAUUGCGGGGAUUCCAGAGCCGUUCUUUCUCGCGGAGGGGUUGCAGUUCCACUCUCUCGUGAUCACAAGCCUGACAGACCUGACGAGAUGGAGAGAGUAGAAGCUGCUGGUGGGAGAGUAAUAAACUGGAACGGUAAUCGUGUCUUAGGAGUACUUGCUACUUCUAGAUCAAUAGGGGAUCACUAUCUCAAACCAUAUGUGAUUUCAGAGCCGGAGGUUACAGUCAACAAGAGAACUGAGGCUGAUGAAUUCCUGAUAUUAGCUAGUGAUGGAUUGUGGGAUGUUAUGUCAAAUGAAGUUGCUUGUGAGAUUGUAAGAAGAUGCUUCGAUGGCCAAAUGAUGAAGAGAUUCUCAAAGAUGGGGAAGGGAUUGAGGGGAGGUGGUGCUGGUGAGGCGGCAGCUGUGCUCGCCGAGCUUGCAAUGGCCAGGGGAAGCAGAGAUAACAUUAGCGUUGUUGUAGUAGAACUGAGGAAAUUAAGCAACAAUGGCUUCUCUUGAUAUUCAUUUGAUUUUUAAGCUUGUUUAAUGUUGGGGAAUUUGCAUUAAAAUUUGAAAUAGAUUGAGGCAGAUAUAGUGGAUUUGCAAUUCUA